UUACACAUCAUAACGUACAAAAUAUCAUCUGAGAGCCAGGAGCAGGAGCAGGGUGAGUUCGAUAAAGAAUUCAGGUGCAGAGGGAGAGAAAUGGCGGCCAUAACUCGUCUGCAACUCAUGCAUUCUUCCUCCAUUAUCAAGCCCUCGGCAUUCUUAUCCAAGAUUCCUUUCUCAUUAAACUCUAAGAUCCAUGCCUCGCGUCGUCGCAGAUUCUCCAAAGCUCCUCUUCUCUGCUCUACCUCGAACCCCGAUCCGGAGAGUUGUGCAUCAACGGCUAAAUCGAUAGUUGGGGAUCUGCUGGACUAUCUAAAUGAAUCUUGGACUCAGUUUCAUGCCACCGCUGAAGCAAAAAGACAACUACUGGCAGCUGGUUUUUGUUUAUUAAAUGAGAAUGAAGAAUGGGAUCUAAAGCCUGGUGGGCGCUACUUCUACACAAGGAACAUGUCAUGUUUGGUUGCAUUUGCUGUCGGAGAAAACACAGUGAACCAGGAUGGAUUCAAACCGAAUCUUGAGACUCAUUUGGUUCCACUACUUGCAACAAAUCCAGAUGAAGUAUCAGAAAAAUCAAAAGAGAAAAAUACUGUAUCAUCUUCAAAAGGUGCUCAUCAUCCACUGCUUAUGCAGGUACCUCCAAUUAGAAGCAGUGUGGGUUCAGAUUCCUUUCAAGGUGCUGGUGCGCCAAUAAUGUUUCAGGCUAUGAGACGCAUUAUUAGUUCCUUAGCUAGGGAGCAGGUCUAUGAAAAUACUUUUGAUCGUGCUAUUCGUCAAUCUUUUCUAGUAUCUGCUGACAUGGCUCAUGGUGUUCACCCAAAUUUUGCGGAAAAGCAUGAAGAGCACCACCGGCCAGAAAUGCGUAAGGGUCUAGUGAUCAAGCACAAUGCGAACCAGCGUUAUGCUACUAGUGGAGUCACAUCUUUUCUUUUCAAGGAAGUGGCAAACAUUCACAACAUUCCAACUCAGGAAUUUGUAGUUAGAAAUGAUAUGGGGUGUGGCUCAACUAUAGGACCCAUACUUGCUUCAGGGGUUGGCAUUCGCACUGUUGAUUGUGGUAUUGCACAGCUUUCCAUGCACAGUGUCAGAGAGAUAUGUGGAAAGGAAGAUAUAGAUACCGCUUACAGGCAUUUCAAGGCAUUUUAUCAAACUUUCUCUAGCAUAGAUAGGAAGCUGAUGGUGGAUUAAUAGUUUUUUAAUUGUAAACAUUUUAGAUUUCUGAUCGAUUUGAACUGAAUUUUCAAAAAAGAAAAGAGAAAGUCAGAAAGAUUGUUGUAAGUUGGGGGUGAGGCGGUGGGUGGGAUAGGCAGUAAAUACAGAUAGACAGAAAACUAAAGUUCAUUUCUUCAUUAUACUCGUUGCUGUUAACUUCCAUACAAAAGGUAAAAUAACAUAUAUCUCUCUAGAAGAUGGAUGCUGAAUAGACAUGAAAAAAAAUGCAACAGUUCUGGAUGGAUUGCAUGAAAUGGAUAGGCAGUUUUUCUAGUUACGCAAUUGCAUUGACCAGAUCAAUUUUUUUUGGAACCAUUGGAGCUGGGAUUCGAAGUAGAGCUAGAGCUAGUGUCCGAAUUGGAACAUGCUUUUGAUAGUUUCUGCUUCAGCUCUGAUAGCAACACCUGGUUCUCCUGGUUGAGCUGUUGUGCCUUCCUUCUCAGCCUUUCAUUUUCUUGGAUUAUAUAACAGUUCUCCAAAUAUAGCUUUGAGUUUAUCUUAUCCAUUAUGAACUCCCUGAAAUCAGAAGCAAAACAAAGAUGAAAAAUGUACAAAUCUGAACACUUGAUUUCAAAAAGCUGUAGAGAUUUGAAGUAACUCAGGGUUACUAAUGAAUUUGUAAUCGUACUCAGGGAAGGGGGGAUACCCCUAACACCACAAAAUCGACAAUAUUUCUUGGAAACCUGAUAUUUAAUACGUGCAUAAACAAACUCAUACAAGGGAGUAGGUGAGCAAAUAAUAUUCAUCAUCAUCCCUCGGAUAAUCUCUUCAAGGCCUAAGAUAGAAACAACUCUGCUUUUGCCUGGGAAGACAUUAAGGAAUAAUAAGAAACAAACCUUUUGUGACCUUUCAAUUGAGAGACGGGAAUCAAAGAGACAAGAAAAAGUAUGAAGAAAACGGGCAGGUAUAGCUAAUGAUUAUAUACACAGCUGAUUCUCUGUGACACACGAUACACGAGACCUUAAAACUAGAUGGUUUUGCCAAAAGCCAACAAAUAGCCAUAUGCAAAGCCACAUUGCCUGCCUUUUUGUCGUAGAAGAAGUUGAUUGCACCAGAACUUUAACGUCUAAAAUUGCAAGGGAGGUGAAAAAGAGAGCUUUCUCAAGUUGUUAGAGAGGUGCACGUAGAAGUGGUGAAGGGAUUGCACCCAAAAGGGGGAUCAAAAGCACAAAUACAACAUGAUAAAGUAGGAUAAUUAACGUUGACAGCAACUGGAUACAGAUGUACGCACUAAAGUACGCAAGUGUUUACGAUCGUGACUCGUAUGUUCUUGGCUGUUG